AUGGAAGGUGAACCUUCUAAAACGCCUAGACGCACCAAAUCAUCCGCCCGCCUUCGUAGGCCUAGGUCCCCAUCCCCAUCACCUCCACCUAGGACCCCAUCACCUCCAUCUAGGUCCCCAUCACCUCAACCCAACCUGACUCAUGGUGGUGUCGUGUGUUUUGACCAAAUUCAAGAGGGAAAAUUUGAAUCAUUCCUUCACCGGGGUCAUACCAUCCAAAAGUUUACGCAUGUGUUAUCCCUUAAAGAGUUGUGCAUUUAUAAACAAGUCCAAACCCUGUUUCGCAACAUAGAAUGGCACGGGUUGUUGAGGAUCCACGAACUGAGUUACAAAUUCCCAACAACUGAGUUUCUAUCUUCAGUUUCUUUGGACCAUGGGACCCUCGACUUCCAUCUCAUGAAUCAAGAUUAUGAUAUUUCCUUGGAUCAAAUUAAUGCCAUUGUUAGGGCCCCAACUAAAAACACAUUUGGCCCCACUGACCCAAUUAAAGGAUGCUUUGAUUUGACAUGGUGGACCCAACUCACCUAUUUACACCCAUACAUCUCUAGCACAACUAAAACUUAA